AUGUGCAAGCACAUUCUCAACGCGCAGGUCGCGAUCCGCGCCCCCUGCUGCCAGAAGUGGUUUGACUGCCCGGAAUGCCACGCCGAGCUCGCAGACCACCCGCUGCGAAAGACGAUGGAGAUGGUGUUCUUGUGCAAAAAGUGCAAGAAGGCGUUCCGCAAGGACAUGAACGCGUACGAGGAGGCCGACGAGUACUGCCCCCACUGCGAUAACCACUAUGUCGUCGAGGCAAAGGAGCCACAAGCCAUGCUCGGCGUCGAGGGCGAGGACGCGCGCGUCGACAACCGCAUGAUCAAGGACGACCGCGAGAAGGCCAAGGCCGGCCGCAGCCUCUUUGACCGCGACACGACGCUCACACUCGACCGGCCCGCUUGGGACCAGCAGCCAGACGAGGUCAAAGCGCAGGCACGGCGAUAG